ACUCCCACAGCAGAAAGCUGGCUAUAACUUUAAGAGCUACUCUGUUUUCAGUUGGUUUAUAUAGCGCUGGGCUGUGCACCAAUAGCAUGCUUAACCGUACAAAGAGAUCUACUCCCUCCUCCAGCCACAGCACAGUAGCCCAUACAAUGCACAGAUCUGGUGAGAGACGGAGCUCUGCUCAGCCAUUAAUUCACAAUGGAAUUAGAUACUUGGUUAAAAAGGAGAGGUGAUCAAUAACAAAUUCGUUUGAAUAUUUUAUUUUAAGCAUGUUUUCCACAUGUUAUUGUUUCGGGAUAUAGCAAUAUGAAGAAAUUGAGCUUGAAGGAGAGAACGUGCCUCAGUGAUUGGAGAGGACUAAUGCAAUGGCUGUUGUGUUUCUGUUUGUCUUGGAAUACAACAGGAGCCGAGAUUCGUUAUACAGUUCCAGAGGAACUGAGCUUGGGAUCCGUGGUUGGAAAUAUAGCAAAAGAUCUGGGUUUGGAAGUAUCCGAGAUUUCUUUUCGUGAAAUGAGGAUAGCGUCUGUGGCUGGUAAACAGUAUUUCCGUGUGGAUUUAGGUAAGGGCGAGCUCGUUGUCAGCGAUAGAAUUGACAGAGAAAGUCUGUGCGGACAAAGCGCCAGUUGCCUCUUGCCAUUAGAAGUCAUCAUUGAGAACCCUCUGCAGCUUCACAGAGUGGAAGUUGACAUCCGGGAUAUAAAUGAUAAUGCUCCUCAUUUUCAAUCAUCUGAGCGCACAUUGAAAAUAGCAGAAUCCACUGCCCCAGGUAUGCGAUUUUCUUUGGAGAGCGCGCAGGAUCCUGACGUUGGCGACAAUUCUUUAAAAUCCUACACUCUCAGCAAAAACGAACAUUUCAGCUUGGAAAUAAAGGAUCAAGAUAACGGAAGAAAAGUUCCGGAAUUAUGUCUGGAGAAAGCUUUGGACCGAGAGAAUAAGGCUCGACAUCAGCUGUUGUUAACCGCCCUUGAUGAUGGCUCUCCAGUUAGAUCUGGGACCUCACAGAUUAUAAUUAUUGUCUUAGAUAACAAUGAUAACAACCCCAUAUUCAAACAUCCGUUAUGCAAAGUAUCUCUAAACGAAAACACUCCACAGGGCACGUCGUUCCUAAAGGUCGAGGCAAACGAUUUGGACGAUGGCCCAAAUGGAGAGAUCGAAUACUCUUUUGGUGACCAUACUGCGCAGUCUGUAAAGGCUUUGUUUGAAAUUGAUCCAAAAACUGGGGAAAUGUAUUUGAAGGGUACACUGGAUUACGAGAGCACUCCCUCGUACCGAAUCGAAAUUAUUGCUAAAGACAAAGGCAUGCCUGAGAUGGAAGGACAGUGCAACGUUCAAAUUGAUGUCAUAGAUGUCAAUGAUAACUCUCCCCAAAUUAGCCUCACAUCUAAACCAAGCCCAGUGCGCGAGAACGCACCCAAGGGGACUGUAGUGGCUUUGAUUAGUGCACGGGACCCUGACUCUGGAGACAAUGGAAAGGUGACACUACAAAUCCAACCAAGCUAUCCUUUUACAUUGGAACCUUCCAUCUCCAGUCAUUACGCACUAGUCACCAAUGGUGUUCUGGACCGUGAGACGUUCCCAGAGUAUAGCAUAGAGAUAACGGCUACUGAUGCGGGCUCCCCUCCUCUCACCAGCAAGAAAACCAUCCCAGUCCGUAUUCUGGAUGUGAAUGACAAUCCACCUAGGUUUCCAGACACUGCGUACACUGUGUACGUCAAUGAGAAUAACACACCUGGUUAUAUCAUAUGCUCCGUGUCCGCAUUGGAUAUGGAUAUUGGAGAUAACGCCAAGAUCUCCUAUUCUAUAUUAGACUCUAAAGUACAAUACGUGUCUGUCUCCUCCUAUACUUACAUAAACUCAGAUAACGGCAGCAUCUACAGCAUGCAUUCGUUUGACUAUGAGAAACUGAAAGUGUUUCAGAUACAGGUCCAGGCAAAGGACCACGGCUCUCCGUCUCUGAGCAGCAACGUCACGGUUCAUGUUUUUAUCCUGGACCAGAACGACAAUGCACCCGCUGUUAUUUACCCAUCCGUUGUCAUGGGCUCUGUCUCCCAUCAGAAGAUGCCCCGGUCCGCUAAAGCAGGCCACCUGACCACUAAGAUAUCGGCAGUGGACGCAGACUCGGGCCAUAACGCCUGGAUUUCCUAUAGGCUGGUGGAGGCCACGGACUCCUCUCUGUUCAGUGUGAAUCUUUACACAGGGGAGGUGAGGACUAAACGCGCUGUUUCAGAGCAGGAUGACUCCUCUCAGAGGCUGCUUAUAGAGAUACAGGACAAUGGGGAACCGGUCCAGUCCGCCACAGUCACAGUAAACAUCGUGUUAGAGGACGGGCUCCACGAGCCCAUCUCGGACUUCCGCCAGAAAACAGCCGAGCCCAGCAAGAGAAACAGUAAAAUCACCUUUUAUUUGAUCAUCUCUCUGGCCUCAGUGUCCGUUUUGUCUUUGUUUACUUUUCUCAUCUUAGUGGUGAAAUGCGUUAGAAACAGUAGGAGCAGCUCGAGUUGCUGUAUCAGACGGGCUGACUCUGACGGAUACAAGAAUCCCAACAGAAACCUGCAGCUCCAGCUCAACACUGACGGCCCUAUUAAGUAUGUGGAGGUCCUGGGAGGGGACAUGUUGUCUCAGAGCCAGUCCUUCAGGUCGUGUCUCUCUCCAGUGUCCGAGUUCAGUGAUUUCACCCUCGUUAAGCCCAGCAGCACCACUGACUUUCAGGACAUGAUAAACGUGCUUGAUGCAUCAUUACCUGACAGCGCGUGGACGUUCGAGAGCCAACAGCAAAAACCACCCAACAAUGACUGGCGCUUUACCCAGCAGGGACAGAGACCCGGACCCAGUGGACAGUACAGAUUGGUUCCCCACUACUCUACGCAAAGAUCCAAUAACACUGGCACUACUGACCGGCAAAAUAAUGGCACAUACAGGUACAGCACCAGCACCCAGCAGAGAUGGACACCGUACGGCAAGGCGAGAGCUGGCCCCCAUCCUGAGGGGGCAGGUGGUGCUAUAGUUGGAACAGGACCCUGGCCCAACCCCCCCACUGAGGCUGAACAGCUCCAGGCUCUGAUGGCUGCUGCCAACGAGGUGAGCGAGGCCACGGCGACCCUUGGACCCCGCUACAACGCCCAGUUCCCCAUGCAGCAUGUGCCCGACUACCGCCAGAACGUCUACAUCCCCGGCAGCACGGCCACCCUGACGGCCAACCCCCAGCAGAUGAUGCCCCAGCCGGCCCUGCAGGGCCCGCCACAGGCCAUGCCCCAGGUCGAUGUCCCCAACGCUGCCCAGACCCCCGCCAGCAAGAAGAAGUCCACCAAGAAGGACAAGAAGUAAGCCAAGCUAGCACCAAGCCUCAUCGCCACAGAAACCAAGACCCUGCCCCCCACCAUACUGCCGAGUGUACUCCCUCAUUGGAAGCCUUGAUCUUUGUUUUUAUCUUAUGCUAUUCAAUCUGAUCGUCCCAGAAUUUUGGAUGUUUGUGAGCAUAUGUCACUUUGCAAAUGUUUGUAGUGGGCAACCGCUGUACUUCUUGCUUCUAUGGUCAUCACAGCUUACUUCAGGCAGAGGUUAUUGGUGUGUUCUAUGUGGGGUGGGAGGGGGAGGAAGAUUACAUUUGAUUUAUAUUGAAUCCAGAUGGAUUUCAAGGACUUGGAAUUCAUGUAGUGACCUAUAGCUCUGUAUUAUAGUAUUCUAAAGAAAAACCACAAAAACUAUCUGAUGGUUUGUUUUAUUAAACCGUUCGAUGUUUCUCUAAAAUGCCAAGUAGUUCUGCUUCUUAUGGUGACACGGAUUACACGUACACCUUGUUAAGGUUUCUUUAGAGAACUUGCUUUAGCUCUUUUUAAGGGAUGAAAUAGACAAGACAUGCAUGAUUCAUCCUGAAGAUGAAGAACCACUGAAGAUGAGCCGACACUCACGUACAUUUAAAAAAAGAGGCUAGCUCAACUUCAUCAGGAAAGUACCAGUUUCAUGAGAAUGCAUACUGUAGCAUUAACAACUUAAAUCGCCUGUAAGGUUCAAUGUAGUUAUAUGACUUGCAAGCAAAAGAACGGAUGCUGAUUUAGUGUUACUUACAAUGGUGGCCAUCAAAGUGUAUCCAGCUGCUUUUUAAAAUCUUGCCCAAGCAGGAUUCUGUGGUUAUUUACAUCAUCUGAGCCACGAUUGUCACCCUUUUCCAUCAUUAUUGGUAGAAUCCCGUAGAGUGACAUUAAAGCAUAACUUUGUUCAUAUAAUGUAACAUGGUAAAGAUGGAUCAGUGUUUUAUUAACUUAGAACCAACAUGAUUUAGAUAUUGUAUCUGCGUUUCUUUGUAUCAACAUUAUGCCCGGCUGGCCCAGUGUGAUUGGCUCUGCACUGUGGACUUCUCUAAGGCUCAUAGACAGUCCUGAGAACACGCCCCCAGGGUUGGGAGUGUGGUAAGGGCAGAGGGAGGGGAAUGGGUGGACAGUCUCUGUCCUCUUGCCACAUGUACAGUAUCUCUCCGGCUAUGACAGCCGGUAAUUGUGCUCUCAUCACCUUUUUAGUUCACAGUCUUUAUUCCUUAGUUCUCUAGGAGAACCUUGACCAGACCACAUGUUCAGUACACUACAACUCCAGGCACCGUAGGAUGUUCUGUAUGGACCAUUUACAGAAUCCUAUGGAUAAGCCUUUUUGCGGAGUUCAGGGACAUAUCAGAAUCAUGGACAGAGACCAUCUCUCUCUCCACUCCUAGUCCGGGGCACAGAUAAUUUUUUCAGUCCAUCCUAUAACCUGCCAAAACCCCAUAUGCACAGACACCCUGCCCCCAUGUAAAUAAGACACAUAGCUAGUCUGUAUGAAUCUUAGAGAGACUCAUCACUCUCUGACCACAACCACACAGCUGGCUAGUACUGGAAUGUUUUGAAUAUUUUUCAACCAAAAAAAAAAUAUGUGUUUCAGAUGAAAUGUAGUGGUGUAGUGACUAAGAGUUGAGCUGACUGAUUUAACCGAGCUGUAAAUAAAACUAAAACUUUCAACAGACAGCCGUAGCUAGAGGCUUGUGAAAUUUGUCGUGCAUAUUUUUGUGUUUUCUCUCUAUCGUAUUCUUUCUUUGGUCACUCCAAACUUUAAAGUGUAACACUCAACACCUAAAUGUCUUUAAGGUGUGAUUCCAUUUCCCUGUACCUCUUCCUGUGUUUGUGAUCUUUAUCAAUUGUUUAUGCUAACGGAAUGCCACCCUUGCUCAUAUGGAUAUAAAUAUAUAUGCAUCUUCUGCUGGAAUAGUCCUCUGUCUUCUAUUGUAUUAUCUUUCGUAUUAAAUUGCUUAGUGCUUCUCCCUGUUACACUCUUAUUUUAUAUGCUAAUAUUUAUAUCGCUGUUAAUUUGUUUGUUUUUGUUUACUCUUUGAAAACUGACAUUUCCAAAUAAAAAUGUAUUCUAAAAUCA